AUGUCGGAAGAGAAAGAAAAGAUUGUUUUAAAGACGGCACCUUUUGACAACCGAUUUCCCAACACUAAUCAAACCAAGAACUGCUGGCAAAAUUAUGUUGACUAUCAAAGAUGUAUUAAGGCGAAAGGAGAAGAUUUCGAAGCUUGUCAGUAUUUCAAAAGGAUCUACAGAAUAAUGUGUCCCAAUCAUUGGGUUGAGCAAUGGGAUGAACAAGUAGAAAAUGGAACUUUUGCUGGAAGAAUUUAA